CUGCUGAGCUCACACAUCUAGCUACAGGGUGAGCCUGACACUGCAGCACUGUGCACGUUUCCAACUCAGCUCUGCUGUAUCUCUGCAGCCUUUAUUUUGAAUUCUGCAGCAUGGCCAGAUUGCUGAGAAGCUUCAGCGUCCUUGUGAUGAGGCAGCGGAGACUUCCACCUGUCACCUGUCCAGGCAGCAGGGCAAGGAGGGUGCACUCAGAGGCUGGCUUAGGGUCACUUACAAGAUACGAUGAGUCUGUUGUUUCCACUGACUGGCAAGAGAAACUCACCCCAGAGCAAUACUAUGUGACCAGGGAAAAGGGCACGGAACUGCCUUUCAGUGGCAUCUACCUGAACCACACUGAAGAAGGGACAUAUCACUGUGUGUGCUGCAACACUCCAUUGUUCAGCUCAGAAACGAAGUAUAAUUCUGGGACAGGCUGGCCGUCCUUCUGGGAAGCCUAUGGCACCGUCGGCAAUGAUGAAAGCAACACGAAUGUAUUACGGAGGCCGGAUAACUCCUUAGGAUGUGCAGGAACCGAAGUUAUUUGCAAAGAGUGUGAUGCUCACCUCGGCCAUGUCUUUGAUGAUGGUCCCGAACCUUCUGGUCAGAGAUUCUGUAUCAACAGUAUUGCACUCGCCUUCAAACCAAGUUAAAUUCCUGCAAUCUACUGGGAAAAUAAAAGGGAUGUGUAAGGGGUGCGUCCACACGUGAUGGAAAAUGUGUUGGUGAAGUCCACUGCGGCACAAACUGCGGCAUAAAUCUCACGUAUUACACUGCUGACGUCACCCUCUCCAUUGCAAAGGGUUAAAUCUGCAGUGGAGAUCCGCUGUGUAAAUUGACAUGCUGCAGAUUUCAAGUCUGCACCGUGGGUCAAUUCAUGCCGCAGACUUUUUGCUCAGCAUAAUAAGACUACAUGCACAUGACCGUAUGUGUUUUGGGGUCCGCAAUUUGUGGAUCCGCAAAAUAAAACGGAUGACAUCC